GCCCGGCCCUCACCUGCUUCCGGCCCUCGGCUGCCCGAGCCGUGCUCCCUUCUCCCCGUGGAUGCUACGCCUCUCGGAGCGGAACAUGAAGCUUCUCUUCGUCGCCGCCCUGAUCGUGGGCUCCGUCGUCUUCCUUCUGUUGCCGGGACCUUCCACGGCCGAUGAGAAGAAGAAGGGGCCCAAAGUCACCGUCAAGGUGUACUUCGACCUGCGGAUUGGAGAUGAAGACAUAGGCCGGGUGGUCAUAGGUCUCUUUGGAAAGACUGUUCCAAAAACAGUGGAUAAUUUUGUGGCCUUAGCUACGGGAGAGAAAGGAUUUGGCUACAAAGACAGCAAAUUCCAUCGUGUGAUCAAGGACUUCAUGAUCCAGGGCGGAGACUUCACUCGGGGAGAUGGCACUGGAGGUAAGAGCAUCUACGGUGAACGCUUCCCCGAUGAGAACUUCAAGCUGAAACACUAUGGGCCCGGCUGGGUGAGCAUGGCCAAUGCUGGCAAAGACACCAAUGGCUCCCAGUUCUUUAUCACCACGGUCAAGACAGCCUGGCUGGAUGGCAAGCAUGUCGUGUUCGGCAAAGUUCUAGAGGGCAUGGAAGUAGUACGGAAGGUGGAGAGCACCAAGACGGAUGGUCGGGACAAGCCCCUGAAGGAUGUGAUCAUUGCAGACUGUGGCAAGAUCGAGGUGGAAAAGCCCUUUGCCAUUGCCAAGGAGUAGGGCCCCGGGGACAGUUCCCUCUUGAGCGACUGUGUUUGGGCCUGUUGCCCUCUCGGGGGGGUGAAGACAGCCCUCCACAGGGCUCUGUGCUGCACCAGCCCUAGUGCCGAUAUCGAUAUCUGACAGAGCGGACCCGCCCCUCACAUUCCAUAGGCCCAGUUUUGUAACAAACUUCUACCAAUGCUGACCAAUUAAAAAAAAAGGUGGGUUUUUUUAUAA